AUGAAAAGAACGGGACAAGACCUCUUUGACUUCUACGAUUCUUUCCUCAGUGCAUUGUUUUUUAUGAAAGGGAAGUGUCUCAGCGAAGAGGUGAGGAGGGCAGAAAGGAUUAUACAAGAAGAUAUUGGUCGUGCGGUUGCACUAUUCAACCAUCGACAUACCUGUUUUUUGGAAUCCAUCGCUAGGAAACGCAGAGCAGGGCAAGCCGUUCCCUUGAAAGCUCUGCCGAAGUAUAGGAGAAUGUCACAAGCCCCAGACAACGAAAAUUUUGCUGGCGCUGCCACUUCGCAACCAUCAACAUUCAGGCUAAAAUCUCCGCAUACAUACGCGGAACUACGCUCUUUUAGACUUCAAAAUCUGAAAAACCUUCUGCUCGUGAUCGCUAUGGACCUUAGGGAUGAACUCAAUCGUCUGCGUCGUUCCAGCAAUUACGAUUCGCCUAUCAUAAGUGUGCAGCAGUUCAAAUACGACAAUUUGAUGCUGACAAUGAGCAUAUUUUGGACUAUCACCAUGCAUUCAAGGUACAGUCCUCCGAAAAGGUCGAUGGGAUGCCCAGUCAAACAAGUUAUGGAUUUCCUGCGAAAUGUUUUCAUAGACGAUGAAUCAAAGUUCUAUAAAGCUCAAGUACAAAAUAUACCGCAUCACUCAGAGCAGAAAGAUUUAUUCAAGAAGAGAUUGCGUGCAGUAGCACUAUUCAGCCAACGACAUACCUGUUUCUUUGGAAUCCAUCUUACUGGGACCCAGCCUGUGACUGGCCAAAUCAAAGGCGCUCGGUUUCAGAACGUACCUUCUGAAAUGGUAAUUCUUUAUAACCCAUGCUGCGUGCGGUUGCACAUCUCAGCCUUCGAAGACUUGGAUUCGAAAGUCGGACUCGAUCAACGUAGCUGUGUUACUCGUAUCUGCUGGUUUCCGCUUGGUUGCGAUAGUUUGGACCUUGUGCGGUGCCUGGAGUUGAAAAUCCAUCUACAAAAGGCUUUCGUCAAUCUUUGUUUCUCAAUACUGUCUGUUCCACGACAGAGAAUGGCUGUGCACUCCAAGGAAAAUGAUUUCCUUCAGUUUCCGGGCCCCGACGACUUCACUUAAUAUCUUCACUCUCUUCUGGUUUUUUGAAUGUUCAUUUCUGCCUCAUAUCUUCUGUGUCUCUCCUAAUUAUGUUGUAUCUGUUGUUAUGACACCGACGAUUUCUUACAUGUGAAAUUUUUUUGUUUCAUCUCAUUUAGAACUCUUUCAAUAUUGUUCUCACUGCAAAACGAGUGCUUCUUCUGUUAUCAUCGUGUUUUUUUCCAUCUCACUCUCAUUCAUUACCAUAACAAGUAUCUGCUACUUUACUGAUG